AUGUCUCUCCGUACUCUUCGCAUCGGCCUCAUCCCCGGCGACGGCAUCGGCAAGGAGGUCAUCCCCGCCGGCCGACGUGUGCUCGAGGCGCUGCCCGCCGCGCUCAAGCUCAAAUUCGACUUUGUCAACCUCCACGCCGGCUUCGAGACGUUUGAAAAGACCGGCACCGCGCUGCCCGACGCGACCGUCGACACGCUGCGGAGCGAGUGCCAGGGCGCGCUCUUUGGCGCCGUGUCGUCGCCGACGCACGCCGUCGCGGGCUACUCGUCGCCCAUCGUCGCCCUCCGCAAGCGCCUCGACCUGUACGCCAAUGUGCGCCCCGUCAAGACGGUGCUGACGGCGCCCAAGCCCAUUGACAUGGUCAUUGUGCGCGAAAACACCGAGGACCUAUAUGUCAAGGAGGAGACGACGCGCCAGACGCCCGAGGGCCGCGUCGCCGAGGCCAUCAAGCGCAUCUCGGAGCGCGCCACGUUUCGCAUUGCCACAAUGGCCGGCGACAUUGCCGUGCGCCGGCAGAAGCUGCGCGAGGCCGGUGCGGCUAGCAUCCACAAGAGCCCCGUCGUCACGAUCACGCACAAGUCCAACGUGCUGUCGCAGACGGACGGCCUGUUUCGGGAGGUGUCCAAGACGGCGCUCGCGGACCCGAGAUUCGCCUCGGUUGCCGUCGAGGAGCAGAUUGUCGACUCCAUGGUGUACAAGCUGUUCCGGCAGCCCGAGGACUACGACGUCAUCGUCGCGCCCAACCUGUACGGCGACAUCCUGUCCGACGGCGCCGCCGCGCUCGUCGGCUCGCUCGGCCUCGUGCCGAGCGCCAACGUCGGCGAGGGCUUCGCCAUUGGCGAGCCCUGCCACGGCAGCGCCCCGGAUAUCAUGGGCCGCGGCGUCGCCAACCCCAUUGCCACCAUCCGCAGCGCCGCUCUCAUGCUGGAGUUCCUCGAGGAGCCUGCGGCCGCGGCUGCCAUUUACGCCGCCGUGGACGCGAACCUAGAGGAGGGUAAGCUGCUCAGCCCCGACCUGGGCGGUACUGCUACUACCGAGCAGGUUGUCGAGGAUAUCCUCCGCAGACUGUAG